AAAAAGCUCAAAAAAGUGGAACUUUAGAUAUAUUAGAAUAUUCUCAUCUUAUACCAAAUCAACAUCAAUUAUGUAAUCAUUAUUAUUUUCUUAUUGUAGAACCAAAUAGAAAUUAUUCUAAAAUUAAUGAAGUUUUUCAAAAUUUACAAAAAACAAAAAAAUCUUCUGAAUUAAAAUGGGAUAAUAUUCAUUUUGAAAUAUUAGAUGAUAAAAUAUAUAUUCCUAAACAAGAUUUUUUAAAUUUAGUUUCAAAUAUUAAAUAUUUACAAGAAAACCAAAAAGAUGAAAUAUUUGAAGAAAUUAUUAAA